AUGUUUAUUAUAAAUUGGUUUAGAGAUAUAUUGGCUCACUUGGGCCUAUCACAAAAGAGCGCAAGGAUAUUAUUUUUAGGUCUGGACAAUGCUGGAAAAACAACACUGCUGCACAUGCUAAAAGAUGACAGAGUUGCGCAGCAUGUUCCCACAUUGCAUCCACAUUCGGAAGAAUUAGUGGUAGGAAAAAUAAGAUUUAAAACUUUUGAUUUGGGUGGACAUGAAACAGCAAGGAGGAUAUGGAGAGACUAUUUUGCAGCAGUAGAUGCUGUAGUAUUUAUGAUUGACACAACUGAUAGGUCUAGAUUUAGUGAAGCGAGAGAGGAAUUAAAGCAUCUUUUGGAAACAGAAGAAUUAAGUAAUGUUCCAUUUGUGGUUUUGGGAAAUAAAAUUGAUAAACCAGAUGCAGCUAGUGAAGAUGAAUUAAGACAACAUUUAAAUUUAUUUUCGAAUUUAACAGUUCAUAAUGCGAAGGGAAAUUCUGGAGUUAGACCAGUUGAGUUAUUUAUGUGUAGUGUCAUAAGAAGGAUGGGUUAUGCAGCAGCUUUCAAAUGGAUAUCACAGUUUUUAACAUGA